AUGAUAGACAAGGAGACAUUCUUGACAACAACGAUGGAGAACGAGCAACACGAUAGACAAGGAGACAUUCUUGACAACAACGAUGGAGAACGACUUCUAGAGCAACACGAUAGACAAGGAGACAUUCUUGACAACAACGAUGGAGAACGACUUCUAGAGCAACACGAUAGACAAGGAGACAUUCUUGACAACAACGAUGGAGAACGACUUCUAGAGCAACACGAUAGACAAGGAGACAUUCUUGACAACAACGAUGGAGAACGACUUCUAGAGCAACACGAUAGACAAGGAGACAUUCUUGACAACAACGAUGGAGAACGACUUCUAGAGCAACACGAUAGACAAGGAGACAUUCUUGACAACAACGAUGGAGAACGACUUCUAGAAAUACACGAUAGACAAGGAGACAUUCUUGACAACAACGAUGGAGAACGACUUCUAGAGCAACAAGAUAGACAAGGAGACAUUCUUGACAACAACGAUGGAGAACGACUUCUAGAGCAACACGAUAGACAAGGAGACAUUCUUGACAACAACGAUGGAGAACGACUUCUAGAAAUACACGAUAGACAAGGAGACAUUCUUGACAACAACGAUGGAGAACGACUUCUAGAGCAACACGAUAGACAAGGAGACAUUCUUGACAACAACAAUGGAGAACGACUUCUAGAGCAACACGAUAGACAAGGAGACAUUCUUGACAACAACGAUGGAGAACGACUUCUAGAGCAACACGAUAGACAAGGAGACAUUCUUGACAACAACGAUGGAGAACGACUUCUAGAGCAACACGGUAGACAAGGAGACAUUCUUGACAACAACGAUGGAGAACGACUUCUAGAGCAACACGAUAGACAAGGAGACAUUCUUCACAACAACGAUGGAGAACGACUUCUAGAGCAACACGAUAGACAAGGAGACAUUCUUGACAACAACGAUGGAGAACGACUUCUAGAGCAACACGAUAGACAAGGAGACAUUCUUGACAACAACGAUGGAGAACGACUUCUAGAGCAACACGAUAGACAAGGAGACAUUCUUGACAACAACGAUGGAGAACGACUUCUAGAGCAACACGAUAGACAAGGAGACAUUCUUGACAACAACGAUGGAGAACGACUUCUAGAGCAACACGAUAGACAAGGAGACAUUCUUCACAACAACGAUGGAGAACGACUUCUAGAGCAACACGAUAGACAAGGAGACAUUCUUGACAACAACGAUGGAGAACGACUUCUAGAGCAACACGAUAGACAAGGAGACAUUCUUGACAACAACGAUGGAGAACGAAAUCAGUAA